AUGUCCUUUCAAGAUGUGUUGAAAAGAGGAGAGGAUUUCCUUAAUGCCUACCCUAGAAACUCUCCAUUCUGGAACUUAGCCUCUCAUGCGACAUGUCUAGCCAUGAUAAUUCCAUCCAAAUUCUUACUCAAUGUGCUUUACAACCCCCAAAUUCACCAUAUAGAGAAAUUGGACUCUGCCCUCUCGAAAGCAAAGUCGGAAAAUAGAUCUUUACUUACUGUGAUGAAUCAUAUGUCUGUUGUGGACGAUCCAACAUUCUACGCAGCCUUACCUUGGAGGUUUCAUACCGAUAUUGACACCAUAAGAUGGGGUUUCGGCGCACAUAACAUAUGCUUCUCCAACUUGACGUUGUCGUGGUUCUUCAAUUUGGGUAAAAUCUUGGGAACUCAACGUUUUGGACAUGGUCCCUUUCAAGGCUCUUUGGAUGCAGCCAUUAGAAUUCUUUCGCCUGAUGACACUUUGGAUUUGGAAUUCACCCCUGGGGUUAAAGAAGUACAGAAACCAAUGUUAAUUCAAGAAGUCAGUGUGAAUGCUGACGAAGUUAAGCACCUAGUCCACAAGUACAAGCCAUCUGCUGAAAGUGCCAACAUCCUCAUGUCCAAGUCACCCUUCAUCCGCUCAACGACGUCAUGGUUCCAUGUAUUCCCCGAAGGAUUCGUAUUGCAGUUGCAAGAACCACAUAAUAACUCCAUGAGAUACUUUAAGUGGGGUGUUUCAAGAUUAAUAUUGGAGUCCACUGUAUCACCUGUGGUGGUUCCAAUUUUCUCAUCAGGAUUUGAGAAAAUAGCACCAGAGCAAGCCGAUGAGGCCAACAUGGGAUUGAAAAGGUGGCUACCAUCAAAUUUGGGUGCUGAAGUACACAUAUCCAUUGGAGACGCCAUUUCUGAUGAAGUCAUUGACAAAUACAGACAAAGAUGGAGACAGCUCUGUGAGAAGUAUAUUGAUCCGUUAAACCCUACAGACUUGUCCGAAGAACUCAAAAAUGGAAAACAGGCUCAAAAAUUGAGAUCUGAGAUCGCUUCUGAGUUGAGAGAUGCAGUCUUCAAGAUCAGAGAAUCUUUGGGAAUCUUUAAACCUGAAGAUCCUAGGUUCAAGGACCCUAAGUUUUGGAAAGAGUACACCAGAACUGAAGGUAUGAGCAAUCCAGAGGUCCAAUUCAUUGGUAAAAAUUGGGCUAUCAAGAGAUUACAGAAGCAUUUACCUGAAUACAGCGAGGAAAAGCCAAAGGAUGAGUAG